ACAAUUGUAAUUAUGACAAAAUCUUGUGGUGCAAGUUGUCCAAGUAAAACUUCCCUUGAUCUUCAGUAUUCACACUCUUCUUCUCCCUUCUUCCGCUCUCAAGCACAAUUCUCAAGAUCCAACAUGAAAACUUUCUGUGUUAUAAAAUCCACAAAAACCUAAAAAAAGUGAUGAUAUAAUUCAUCAAAAUUACAAUCAUAUGGCACAAUCCAAGAAAACUCUGAAAAAUUUGAUCCCACUUUUUAUACUGCUCACUCUUUCUGCUCUUUUCCUCUUCUCUUUUCACCCAUCAAACUUAAACUCCACCAAAUCUUUCUCUUUUAACCCUUACAACAACCCCCAAACUCACCAAAACUUCACUUUCAUCAUCAAAGUUCUCACCUUUAAUCGUUUUGAGUCCCUUUCAAGAUGCCUAAAUUCACUUUCCAAAGCAAAAUAUGAUAACCAUGUUGUUCAUUUACAUAUCUACAUUGAUCAUUUUCAAGAUUCCUCAAAAGGGUAUGUGGAAAUUGACCAAAGAUUGAAUCUUGCGAAAAAAAUUCUUGAUUUUGUUGAUGGGUUUAAUUGGGAAUUUGGUGAAAAGUUUGUGCAUUAUAGGACUUCAAAUGCUGGACUUCAAGCUCAGUGGUUGGAAGCUUGGUGGCCUAGUUCAGAUGACGAGUUUGCAUUUGUUGUGGAGGAUGAUCUUGAGUUGUCACCUCUUUAUUUUAGGUUCUUGAAAAGUUUGAUUGAGAAUUAUUAUUAUAAUGAGUCUAAUUUUAGUCCUAUGAUUUAUGGUGCUUCAUUGCAGCGGCCAAGGUUUGUUGCAGGUAAACAUGGAAACAAGAUGCAGAUUGAUGAUGGAACUCAACUUUUCUUGUACCAGUUGGUCGGCACUUGGGGUCAACUUCUGUUUCCAAGACCUUGGAAAGAAUUCCGCAUAUGGUAUGACACACACAAGUCCAAGGGAUUGAAGCCAGUUCUUGACGGGAUGGUGACAACAGGAUGGUACAAAAAGAUGGGGGAAAGAAUCUGGACACCUUGGUUCAUUAAAUUUAUCCAUGCCCGUGGUUACUUUAAUAUUUAUACCAACCUUUUGCAUGAGCGAGCUUUUAGUGUGUCGCAUCGCGAUGCUGGUGUUAACUAUGGGAAGUCAGUUGGGCCAGAUUCUUCUUUAGUGGAUGAGAAGUCUUUUGAUCUUAACCUUUUGAAGCUGCAAUCUUUGCACAGUCUGAAGUGGUACGAUUUCUGUUUCAGGGAAGUCUUUCCUAAUAGAAUUGUACGCAGUUCGGAUGAUUUGGUCCCUGUCCUUCACGCGGUUCAGAAAUUGAAGACAAUAAUAUUUGUGAACCUACAACAGGUGUCAGAGUCAAUUAUUAGGAAUCUUCUCUGCCACUUUGAAAGAUUGAACAUCCAAAACUUUGUAUUAUUGGGUGCACAUUCUGAUUUCCUACUUGAUCUUGCAAGAAGGGGUUAUCCCGUGAUUGACACAGACCGAUUUUUUGACAGUAUUAGGUUACAAAACUCUAUUAACUUUGACAAAUCGCAUGAAAAAUUGGUUAAAGAGAUUGUUGUGAAGGCCCAUGUAAUAAGAAAGUCCUUGGAACGUAAAUACAGCACAUGGGUUGUGGAUAGUGACGUGAUUCCUCUCAGCAGUGAUUCAUUUCUUGAUUCCUAUGAUCCGGCGGGAAAUGACAUUUUCUUGGGGAAGAACUUUAAACUUGUCUUCAUUAGAAAUUCAUCGUCCUCUUUAAAAGCUUGGGCUGACAAUGUUUUGGACAAAAUCGUUGCCUUGGUUGCCAAUUUGAAGACAAGAGGUUCAAUUGCGACAGAGGGAAAUUUUGUAAAUCUAGUUGAGAAGUUAUUGGAAGACAAGAAAACUACAUUUAACAGGGUUGAUGAAACUGAUUUUAGUUUGAAUAUCAGUUAUAUGGAUGCUAACCAAACCUCUUCAAGGAAUGGAAAGAAGUUUGCCUUUUGGUCACCUGAGAUAGGUUCAGAGACGAUACAAAAACGACUUGAACAGUUUGCUAUGUGGGUUGUGGAUAGCGAUUUAUCUUGUAAUGCAGUUGUUUGUCAUCCAUCAUAGCGCGUUCUUCAGUGUAUCUACUGUUAAAUCUUACGAUUUCUGCCUGUUGUUUGAUGGAUCGUACAUGUUGGUAUUGAAGACAAAAAGAGUGGAGGAGAACAGAAAGCGCAAACUGAACUGCUACAUGUUUGAAGAAUUCGUUCAACUGAAGGCAUUCGUUCGGAGUCAACAUUAUGCAGUAAUGACAUUGUGAUUGAUUCAUAGGCCAUAUUUGGCUGCUCAUUUCUGGAGAUCGAUCGAGUAUUUGCAGCUAGCUGUAGAAACCUUGUUGCUACAAUUUGCUGAAGGAAGCACUCAUAACAUAUCAAGGCUUUCAUCUUUCUUUUCCCCGAGGGAUUUCACCUAAUUGUAUGUCUUGAAUUAGCUAAAAUUCUUUCAUAUUGCCACUCAGAACUUUGGUUAUUUCAGGAAAUAUAUGUUGCCUUUUGGCACCCAAUAUCUCUUUGCUUGUCAACCUUCUGUAACUGAGUCUCUUUUUGUGCAUUUUUGCCUUUGAAUCAAUGUAUUGCUUGGCAUAAAAGGAAACCAAUCUCCAACA